AUGACUUCUACAACCGACCACGAAGAUUCUACCGAGACCAAGGUCACUGAGGUCGCUGCCCCGACCCCGACCCCAACUCCGACCUUCCACGGAUUCCCUAAACUACCCCCGGAGCUUCGUUGGAGAAUCUGGAAGGAAGCAUGCCUACCGCAAACCAAGAACGAUCGCGCCAUUCAGUACGUCACCGCUGAUGUGGUGCAAGAGAAUUGGGACGACGAUGACUUUAUCGUCUUAGACGAAGAUUUGGACGGUUGGUACAAUAGCGACGAUGAAGAGCACGACGAUACCGGAUACGUCAAGCUGAGAGCCUUGAGCGGAAAGAAGCUACACGACUCCCCACCCACCAACUCUGCCCACCUCUGGGACCGAGGCCUCUGGAUGGCCUGCAGAGAGUCUAGGGAUGCUAUUGCCGAGUACCUAGAAAUCAACAAAUGGCUCAAAAUCGCCAGCCAGGAAGACGAAUACCCAUGGUUCAUAGCAGAUUUCCCUUCAACCCUUAUCCCACACAGGAAGGCUAAGCCCUGGUGUCCAAUCGUGGUCCCUCGUAGGGACAUCUUCUGCAUUGCCCCCCAUACCCUUCGGUAUUUACCCAAAGAUAUGCACGGUAUGAACCUACUGGCACCAUUCCUUGGUCAGCGGAAAUUCACAAUCAUCCAAGAUUGGAACAUUGCUCUCAAAUAUGACAGCAGCUGGAACGUCAACUUUCCAGCUGAUAUCUACGAACUGAAAAUGCAAAACUCUCCACGAGGCUUGUUGGCGAACUGGAUAGAGAGUUCUCUUCACGAAAUCCAUCGCAUACCCCGUCUCUGGAUCAUCGACGAUACCACUAGCUGGGUUAGAGAUGAUGACAUGUAUCUCGAUGUAGUGUACCGCGAUUGUGAUGUCGAGUACGUCGAAGCCGAAUGGUCCUGUCUUCGAGAUUACACGAAGAAAGACGACCUUGCCGAUACAGCCGAUUUCAUUUAUACUUUUGCGUCGACGUUCGAGGAAGAGGGCGAUUUCGAAUUUGACGAAGUUCUAGACAAUAUCGGACUUCUUGUCCGAAAAGACCGUGAGCUGCCUCCAGAGGCUGAAUCAGAAGAUGAAGAUGGAGACAUACCCGACUGUUGA